GCGCCCUUGAAGCCGGGACGCGCGGGGGUGAUAGUGAGGUCGCCUAGUGUUCACAGUAACCGAUAUCAUAGCAAUAAAAUAACCUGACUCCCGCCCCCCCUCUCUCUGCUUCCAUAACCAUGGCCGGCUACCUGAGAGCUGUCAGCUCCGUCUGCAAAACCUCCGCCGCUGCCUUCAGCAAGAACCCCGGGGUCCUGGGACCGGCCCUCAGCCAGCAAGUGCAGCAACAACGAAACUAUGCAGACAAACGUAUUAAGGUGGCCAACCCAGUGGUUGAGAUGGAUGGUGAUGAGAUGACUCGUAUCAUCUGGGAGUUCAUCAAGGAAAAGUUGAUCUUAUCCAAUGUAGACGUGGAUUUGAAGUACUAUGAUCUUGGGCUUCCAUAUCGUGACCAAACAAGUGACCAGGUCACAAUAGACUCUGCUCUGGCAACUCAGAAAUACAACGUUGCUGUGAAAUGUGCCACAAUUACACCAGAUGAGGCUCGAGUAGAAGAGUUUAAGCUGAAGAAGAUGUGGAAGAGCCCCAACGGCACGAUCAGGAACAUCCUGGGUGGAACAGUCUUCCGUGAACCUAUUAUUUGUAAGAACAUUCCUCGCCUGGUUCCUGGAUGGACACAAGCAAUCACAAUUGGCAGACAUGCCUUUGGUGACCAGUACAAAGCCACAGACUUUGUUGUAGAUCAGGCUGGCACAUUCAAGAUGGUUUUUUCACCUGCUGAUGGCUCUGCUGCUAAGGAGUGGGAAGUAUUCAAAUUUCAAGCAGGAGGAGUUGGAAUGGGAAUGUACAACACAGAUGAGUCAAUCAGUGGAUUUGCACACAGCUGCUUUCAGUAUGCAAUUCAGAAGAAAUGGCCACUUUACAUGAGCACAAAGAACACCAUUUUGAAGGCAUAUGAUGGCAGGUUUAAGGACAUCUUCCAGGAAAUCUUUGAGCAGGGCUACAAACCAGAAUUCGACAAAUUGAAGAUCUGGUAUGAACACAGACUGAUUGAUGACAUGGUGGCACAAGUUCUGAAAUCAUCUGGAGGAUUUGUCUGGGCCUGCAAGAACUACGAUGGUGAUGUUCAGUCUGACAUUCUUGCUCAGGGUUUUGGUUCCCUUGGUCUCAUGACAUCGGUUCUGGUUUGCCCAGAUGGAAAGACUAUUGAAGCUGAAGCAGCUCAUGGAACAGUAACUCGUCAUUACAGGGAACACCAGAAGGGUCGGCCAACAAGUACAAAUCCCAUUGCCAGCAUCUUCGCAUGGACAAGAGGCUUGGAACACAGAGGCAAGCUUGAUGGAAAUCCAGACCUGAUCAAAUUCUCCCAAACGCUAGAGAAGGUUUGUGUGGAGACUGUUGAAAGCGGUGUCAUGACAAAAGACUUGGCAGGAUGUAUUCACGGAGGCUUCAGCAAUGUCCGGCUCAACGAACAUUAUGUCAACACAACAGACUUCCUGGAUGCCAUUAAGAACAACCUUGACAAAGCUCUUGGAAAGAAUUAAUGCAAAUCUGUAGUUUGAUGGCCAGUUUUUACCUCAUUUUUAACCUUUUUCAAGAUAGGAAACCACCAGAGUGGUUCAAACAAACUUUUUAACCCAUUAAAUGCUGCUAUUUUUUAGAAGACUUCAAAACAGCAGAAAAAAUGGGGGACAGGUCUGUAGCAUCACCUGUUUAGUGCUGGACCUCAAAACUUGCUGCACCUACUGUCUUCCUGUGAUGGUGCAAUGUGUAUAGAAAUAAAACCUUGACAAACUCCU